AUGGCUGCUACAGGUUCACAAAGUUUAAAGUGUAAAGUCGAACUGCAUAAUCAUUUGGACGGAGCGCUUCGUGCUGAAACAGUAAUAGAUUUAGCUAGGAGUAAAGGUAUUGAAUUGCCCGUAGACAAUGCAAGACAAUUUAAAGAAUUCGUUUCCUGUGCCAACGAGACAGACCGAUCUUUAAAGAAAUUUUUGGAGCCAUUUGCUGUUUUCAUACCGGUUAUUAGUGGUGAUCCUCAUGCCCUUCGUCGGUGUGCAAUAGAAUUUUGUGAAGAUCAGGCAAAUCAAGGUGUCUUAUAUACUGAGGCGCGUUAUGCUCCGGGAUUGUUGACCAGCGGAACAUCAAAUAAUGACGCGACAGAAGGCGAUAAAUUAACUAGCGAACAAGUGCUACUUACUAUAGUAGAUGGAUUAGAGGAGGGAUGUCGACGGUACGGAAUCAAAGUUAAAAGUAUUCUUUGUUGUCUUCGAGGUUGUCCAGACUCAGCUACUGAAACUAUCGAACUAUGCAAAAAGUAUCAUAGAAAAGGAGUUGUGGGUAUUGAUAUAGAAGGAAAUGAACUAGAAGAUAGUAUUAAACCUGGUGAUGAAUUUUGUAAAGCUUUUCAAGAAGCCAAGAGAUAUGGUAUUCAUAGAACAGUUCACGCUGGAGAAGCCGGAACAGCCGAAAAUAUUCGCCAGAGUUUGGAUUGGCUAAGCGCUGAAAGAAUCGGUCAUGGAUAUCAGUUAGUGGAAGAUGAAAGUUUACUUGAAAGGGUCAAGAAAGAACAAAUCCAUCUGGAAGUUUGCCCGACAUCUAGUAUACUUACAGGUUCCUGUUCAAGUUUUGAUAAUCAUCCCGCUAAACGGUUGAUUAUAUCAUAUUUAGAUCCUAAAUUAUCUCCAUUUGUAAAUUAUUUAAGUUUAUUGAAACUUCGUCAUUACUUCGGUUCUUCUACUAGAUUUAUUAACGAAGGGCUAAAUUUUUCUAUAAACUCCGAUGAUUCUUUGUGUUGUAAUUCUGGUGUUGCCGAUGAAUAUAAAUUGGUUUACAAUAAAUGGGGUUACGGUGCUUCAGUACUGACGCGAGCGACAUUUAAUGCAGCUCGUUCGUCAUUCUUACCAGAAGAAGAAAAGCAACAAUUAAUUAAUGACUUGGAAGAAAUCUACGGUAUGAAGGUGAUAAUUAAUUAUAAAGCAACCGAUAUUAAAUUGUCUUAA